CUCCCGACGUGCCCCGCGGGCGCGCGGGCAGCAUGGCGGCGCUGGCGCGCUGGGCGCGGGUACCGCUAGGACCGGGAGCGCUGCGCUGGGGUCGAGCGCUCAGCGGGGCCGCCGAGACACGCUCCCCGCCGCCACCUCCUCCCCCCCCUCCUCCUCCAUCUCCUCCUUCCUCCGCCGCGGGCCGGGCGCUGGCGGCGGCGCUGGGCGCUGGGACGGCGGCGCUGGUGCUGCUAUGGGCCCGGGAGGGCGAGAGCCGCCGGCCCACGCUGCCCGUGCUGCGCGCCGCCGUGCCCGCCCCGCCGCCACCGCAGUCGCCACCCGCCUCGCCCCGCGCCGCCUUCAACUUCAUCGCCGACGUGGUUGAGAAGACGGCGCCCGCGCUGGUCUACGUGGAGAUCGUGGGCAGGCACCCCUUUUCAGGCCGUGAUGUGCCCAUCUCCAAUGGCUCGGGUUUCGUGGUGUCUCCGGACGGGCUCAUUGUCACCAACGCGCACGUGGUGGCCAACCGCCGGCGGGUGCGAGUGAAGCUGGCCAGCGGCGAGCAGUACGACGCCAUGGUGCAGGACGUGGACCAGGUUGCAGACAUCGCCACCAUCAAGAUCAAGCCAAAGCACCCGCUGCCCACCCUACCCCUGGGGCGCUCCUCUGAGGUGCGGCAGGGAGAGUUCGUGGUAGCCAUGGGCAGCCCCUUCGCCCUGCAGAACACCAUCACCUCUGGCAUCGUCAGUUCUGCUCAGCGUGGCAGCCGGGAGCUGGGCCUGGCCACCUCCGACAUGGAGUACAUCCAGACCGACGCUGCCAUCGACUUUGGGAACUCCGGAGGCCCCCUCGUCAACUUGGAUGGUGAGGUCAUUGGGGUGAACACCAUGAAGGUGACCUCUGGCAUCUCAUUUGCCAUCCCCUCAGACCGGCUGCGGAAGUUCCUGCAGAAGGAGGAGCAGCGCAAAAGCUCUUGGUUUGGCAACGCAGAGACAAAGCGCCGCUACAUCGGGGUGAUGAUGCUGACUCUGACACCAAGCAUCCUGACUGAGCUGAAGCUGCGUGACCCCAGCUUCCCUGAUGUCUCCUAUGGGGUGCUGAUUCACAAGGUGAUCAUCGGCUCCCCAGCCCACCAGGCAGGGCUGAAGGCUGGGGACAUCGUGCUGGAGAUCAACGGGCAGGCUUCGCGCCGCGCAGAGGACGUGUAUGAGGCGGUGCGGACGCAGCAGAGCCUGGCCCUGCUGGUGCGGCGCGGCUACGACACGCUGCUGGUGAGCGUUGUGCCCGAGGUGACCGAGUAGCAGUGCUGCUGUAGCGGGCGCUGGCUGGUGGUGCUGAGAGCCGAGGGCACAACUGAGCCACGUUUGUGCCCACUGCGGAGAGACUGAGCUCGUGAGGGAAUGGAAGCGGUUGGGCAGAGUGGCCCAGCUCAGCAGGCUGGUGGUGCAGCUGUCCUCCCUGUACUCAAUAAAGCACUUUUCUAGGAA